CCGCUUAUCGGUCCUCCUGAAACAUGGCUUCCUGUGGGCGUCACACAUACGUGGAUAGUCAUUUUCACAUUUGGGACUUAGAUAAGUUCAAAUAUCCAUGGCCAACGUCAGCGGAAGGACCUAUAUUCCGAGAGGUUACAGCGGAUGAAUAUGUAAACAACCUUCAGAAAACCCCGGUCAGAUAUGGAGUUUUUGUCCAGUGUCUUAACGGGCACCCUGACGAAUCCAAAUGGGUUAUGGAGCAGGCAAGGUCAUGGCCGGAAAUCAAAGGUGUUGUCGGUGGAGUGGACCUAACGGAUCCAAACAUACGCGAGACCCUUGCAGACCUACGUAAGAACCCCCUAUUCAAGGGGGUCCGACACAUCCUUGACAUGGAGGACCCCACGUGGAUCACACGUGAUGAUGUACACAAGGGUUUGGCAGUCUUGGAGGAACUUGGUCUGACCUUUGACCUAUUGCUGAGGCCACAUCUCCUGUCCUACGUACCAAGUGUGGUGGCUAAGUUUCCCAGACUGAAAAUGGUGGUUGACCAUAUAGCCAAACCAUACAUUAAGGAGAAAAAGAUUGACCAGUGGAAACUGGACAUGGCCGAAAUAGCCAAGCAAAGUGACAAUGUCUUCUGCAAAAUAUCCGGCAUGGUAACAGAGGCUGACUGGGAGUCAUGGAAACCCGAUGAUUUCGUUCCUUAUGUCCAGCACGUCAUAUCGUGUUUCGGUGUGGACAGGGUGAUGUUUGGAUCUGAUUGGCCAGUUUGUACGCUAGCUAAGGCCUCAUUCACUGACGUGUUCGAGUUAUUUACCAAUCUGACAUCAAACUUUUCAACUCAAGACAAAACUAAGAUGUUACGGGAAAAUGCGAAGGGUUUCUACUCUCUGGACAUAUAGGACUCUAGUCUCUAUACUUAUAAACUACGUAUACAAUGUAUGUCAGUUUGUUGACAGUGAUUCCUGACACUUUGUACUUAUCCAAGCGGGUAGUAUACGUGUGCAUCUAUAAAAUGGGCUAGUGACACUUUGUUAUUGAAUAAAUAAAUGAAAAAAUAGAUAAAUAAAUAAGUAAAUAAAUAAAUAAGUAAAUGAAUAAAUAUAUAAAUAAAAAAGAUAGAUAAAUACAAUAUUUAUUCAUCCUAAGCAUGGAACGUCAUGAACUCUGUCCCUUGACGGAGGCAAAGCAAGGUCAGUAUUUAUACUUACAGAUUAAAAACAGACAUUUUGAUGCAUUGAAUACAAAUAUGAUGACUUAAUUAUAUAUAUUUAGUAUUCGGGAUGUUUAAUUUGUUUUACAAUGCAGGGGACAUAACUCUUAUAUGUAAGGUUUUUAAAUCUAAGGGAGAUAGCUGUGCUCGCCUUAUAUUGGUAACUAUUUCUAUUGCACAGAUUUUUUUUCGAGUUCUUGUUUGUAAAUUUCGAAAAUUAUUAAGAUAGGGGAGCAAAACACAUAAAACGCAUGUUUUAUUUAACACUGGACGGGGCUGUGUGUGUUAUCAAAUGAUUUUUUUUUUCGGUUUAAUUAAUUUUGGCUCUACUUUAUCUACCUCAGAAUUUGUUUUGAAAGUUACUAAUAGUAGUUCCCUGAAGUUUUAUCUAUACCUAAGAAACGUUAUUGAUAGCUCCUCUAUGUUCAUGCAUGCAAGCAAAUGAAACAAACGAACACUAUCUAUUACAAUGUUGUCUAUUUUCGAAAUUACGUGCUCGCACAUUAAAUAAAAUCAACUACUCGCUUUCAAUAGAUUUACUCUUAGUCGGGAACGACGAGCUUUCAAAUGAUGAAAAUGCUUUAAUUUGUUCUAUUGUACAGAAUGUCAUUACCCUCUCCAACAGAUUAGAAAACCUUUUUUCAUCGAGCAAAUCAUCCUCUACAUGUAUUUUCAUAUAAUCUAUCUCUUCUAUUCUUAUUGGCACGGGCAAAUUCACUCCCCUCCCCAUCCCAAUCCGCAAACCCCACCCCUGCACCUCUCUCUUUCACUCAAAUAUCCUCAAAAAACAACCAAAUUACGUUUACUAGUAAGUUACUUGUAACAACUGUGCACGUGAAUUUCAGUAACCUAGCCAUCAUAUCCAAAUAUUAGAUAAUGUCAGGAAACGGAUUUAUAUAAGUUACUAGACUUUUUUUCCGGAUUCUAUUCUUUCGUACUGUACUGUAUGUUGUUAUCAACUUAAUGUUAAAUUAUGAAUGAAAUAAAGUUUAUAUUAAAGUUGCUGA